AUGUCGAGUAAAGAAAUGUCGGUGACCCAGUCUGCUCAGUAUGUGGGUCCCUACCGAUUGGAGAAGACCCUGGGGAAGGGGCAAACAGGUUUGGUUAAACUUGGAGUCCACUGCAUCACUGGACAGAAAGUUGCCAUUAAAAUAGUGAACCGGGAGAAGCUCUCCGAGUCUGUCUUAAUGAAGGUGGAGAGAGAAAUUGCCAUUCUGAAGCUGAUAGAGCAUCCGCAUGUGCUGAAACUGCAUGACGUUUAUGAGAAUAACAAAUAUUUAUACCUUGUCCUGGAGCAUGUGUCGGGUGGGGAGCUGUUUGAUUACCUGGUGAAGAAAGGCAGACUGACGCCCAAAGAGGCCCGCAAGUUCUUCAGGCAAAUCAUCUCAGCCCUGGACUUCUGCCACAGCCACUCCAUCUGUCAUCGAGACCUGAAACCAGAGAAUCUGUUGCUGGACGAGAAGAACAACAUCCGUAUCGCUGACUUUGGCAUGGCCUCCCUGCAGGUGGGCGACAGCCUGCUGGAAACCAGCUGCGGCUCUCCACACUACGCCUGUCCAGAGGUUAUAAGGGGCGAGAAGUAUGACGGUCGCCGGGCGGACGUCUGGAGCUGUGGGGUCAUCCUCUUCGCUCUGCUGGUGGGGGCGCUCCCGUUCGACCAUGACAACCUGCGGCAGCUGCUGGAGAAGGUGAAGAGUGGGGUGUUCCACAUGCCCCACUUCAUACCGCCCGACUGCCAGGCCCUGCUCAGGGGCAUGAUUGAGGUGGACCCUGAGAAACGACUCACGCUAGAUACCAUACAGAAGCACUCCUGGUAUCAGGCGGGUCGUAAUGAGCCGUGCCCGGAGUUGCCUGCCCCGCGGCGGGUGUGUGUGCAAAGCAUCACCUCCCUGACAGAGCUGGACCCGGACGUCCUGGAGAGCAUGUACUCCCUCGGCUGCUUCAGAGACCGCAGCAAACUCACACGCGACCUGCAGUGCGAAGAAGAGAACCAGGAAAAAAUGAUCUACUACCUGCUUCUGGACCGAAAAGAGCGCUACCCCAGCUAUGAAGAUGAAGACCUGCCUCCCAGAAAUGAUGUUGUAGAUCCUCCUCGUAAGCGCGUGGACUCGCCCAUGUUGACGCGCAGUGGACGAUGUCGGCCGGAGAGGAAGAGCCUGGAGGUUCUGAGUGUCACCGAACAGGGAUCCCCCACGCCACCACGCCGAGCCCUGGACACCUCUGCACACAGCCAGAGGUCGCGUUCGGUUAGUGGUGCCUCCACCGGCCUCUCCUCCAGUCCCCUCAGCAGCCCCAGGAGCCCUGUCUUCACCUUCAGCCAAUCCGAAGUUGCUGCGGCCAGCAAGGCAGGAAGUGGCGGCGGGGGCAGUGGCGGCGGCGGCAGCAGCAGCAGCGGUGGCGUUGGUGGCGUCGGUAGCGUUGGUGGCAGCAGCACCACGCCGCGCCCCGCCCGCUCGCACGAGCCGCAGACGCCCCAAAAGACGCCCCAAAAGACGCCCCAAAAGACGCCCCAAAAGACGCCCCAAAAAACCCAAACGCUGCCGCCCAAGGCGCCCGCCGAGCAGCGGCCGCACCUGCAGUCCAUCAAGUCCCUGCCUCUCCACGGCAACAACCCCCCCAAGUCGUCGUCGUCCACGGCCACCGCGGCCUCCUCGUCCUGCUCCUCGCGCUCCCCCUCCCCCUCCCCCCUCCUCUCGCCCCUCCCCCUCUUCCUCUUCUUCCCCUCCCCCUCCGCCGUGCUCAAGUCGGUGACUAAGACCCUGUACCCCCUGUCGCAGGUGACGCCGCAGGGCUCGCCCCUGCCCACCCCGCUGGGCACGCCCGUGCACCACCACCACCACCACCACCACCACCACUCCUCUUCCUCCCAGCAUACUCCUCCUCCUCCCCACACCCCGCCUUCCUCCUCCUCCUCCUCCUCGUCCUCGCGUGCGGAGGGCGGAGGCGGCGGGGGGGUCGGCUCGCUGUCGUUGACCCCGCCCUCUAGCCCGGGAGGGGGCGGCGGCAUGGCAGCCAGUAGCUCCGCCCACUGGAGGACCCGCCUCAACUCGUUUAAGAACAACCUGCUGGGCUCGCCGCGCUUCCACCGACGCAAGAUGCAGGUGCCCACAUCGGAGGACAUGUCCAGUUUAACACCGGAGUCCAGCCCAGAGCUGGCCAAGAGGUCGUGGUUUGGUAACUUCAUCAGCUUGGAGAAAGAGGAGCAGAUCUUCGUAGUGAUCCGAGACAAGCCACUCAGCUCCAUCAAGGCAGACAUCGUACACGCAUUCCUAUCAAUCCCCUCUCUGAGCCACAGCGUUAUCUCCCAGACCAGUUUCCGUGCUGAAUACAAAACGGCAGGUGGACCAUCCGUCUUCCAGAAGCCCGUCAAGUUCCAGGUGGACAUCUCCUUCUCCGAGGGAGAACGGGAGCGUGAACGGGACCGGGAUCGGGAACACAGAGAGAGGGACGGCAAGCGAGAUCUCGGCAUCUACAGUGUCACUUUUACCCUCAUAUCAGGUCCCAGUCGACGGUUCAAGCGGGUAGUUGAAACGAUUCAGGCUCAGUUACUCAGCACACACGACCAGCCUUCUGUUCAAGCUCUUGUUGAUGAGAAGAACGGCCGACCACCCGGCACCCCAACGAGGCAGAACUCGCGUCGAUCAGAAGGCGGUGCGGACCGCUGUGAUUGGACAGAUCGAGGAGGAGACGGUGGGCCUUUGCUUCAGCGCAGGGGGUCGGGCAAGGAGAGGACACGUCUCCUGUCGUCCAACGGCACCCAAUCGCAGCCCUGAAUGAAGAUGUCGGUGAAGAUCCCCAUUGCAUCCAAGAAGUGAUGGGGAACCCGGAUUCAGAAUAUAUAAUCCAGUGCCACAUAUUCCAAAGGACUAGGUUUUACCUGUCCAAUUCAACCAGAUGAGUGCACUAAUUCAGUAGCUGGGAUCACACACAUUCGUUCGCCGAUGCAUGAUGGUGGGUGUGAUUGACGGAUGUGCCCUAGGGAAAGCACAGUGGGGAUCGGCCAAGAGUUGAAAGAAUUUUCAACCUUUCGAUGGAGGUGCUGCAUUGGGGCAAUCACUUUAUUGAAUUGGACAGGUAACACCAGGUCAUUUGGAAUAUGUGGCACUGGAUUUCAGGUUUUGAGUCCAGGUUGUCCAUCACUGCAUCCAGUUCAUGCUUUAUCCAAACACUUCAGCUGUGAGCAACUGGAGUUCUUCUUUGAGAGUUCAGUGUCAAACUCUUUGAAGAAAUCCAGCUGCUUAUAGCUAGACUCUUUGGAUAAGCCACGAAUGAAGAGAGAGAAAAAAACACACACAAAAAAACGAAAACCAACCAAUCCACCGACCCAGCAUGAAACACACAAAUAAGCUCCUCCUUCUCAAAAACCCCGGGAACUCACUCUUCACCAGAGUUGUAAUCAAGUAGAAGUACUCUUAUAGAUGUAAUUAUUUACUAUGGCUUCAACUAUGUAAUAUAGGCUACUACUAGUGUUGUAAUUACAUCUGUAAGAGUACUCCUACUUCUACUUUAUAUAGCUCUGCUCUUGACAUAUUCUUUCAGAUAGUUCUGCACACAACACAAGAACAAACAUCAGCACAGGAUGAUGGUAUUUUUUCCGUCUUUGUUUCUUGUUUUUUUGUGCUCUUUUUUGAAAAGGUG